AUGGGUCAAUCAACAAGCACCUUCAUCAAGCACGAUGCUGCUUCCGUCACCAUCCCCAAUCAAGGUCACAUCAUCGGCCGAAUAGCUCAAGACACCUGCACCGCUCAACUCAAAUCUCAACGUUUCACCGGCAUACCCUUCGCCCAGCCCCCCAUCGGCUCUCUCCGCUGGAAGCGUCCCCUCCCACUCUCCCCUACCUUCCGCUACGACAGCAACAACACUGAAUACUCUUCCUUCGCCGCACAGUGCCCACAACCAACCAACUAUGCACUCACAAAUGGCAUUACUAUCCCCGACUGCCCCACUUUUGGCGAGAGCGAAGAUUGUCUCUACCUAAACAUUUGGUGUCCUGUUCAAACCGAUGGGUCUCGAUUGAACCGCAAGUUGCCAGUGUUGUUCUUCCUUCAUGGAGGAUGGUUGCAGAUUGGCAAUGCGCAUUUUUCGCCAGAAAAAGAUCCAAGUGAUCUUAUCCAUUCAGGUCGACUGGAAGCAGUCGUGGUUACAGCAGGAUAUAGGUUGAACCUAUUCGGAUUCUUCGCCCACGAAGCGUUGCGGAAAGAAGAUCCAGAUUGUCUUACAGGAAACUAUGGAUUUUGGGACCAAAGAGCAGCACUCGAAUGGAUUCACAACAAUAUAUCCCACUUCGGUGGUGACCCAGAUAACAUCACCGUCGGAGGCCUGUCAGCGGGUGCACACAGUACACAUUCCCAACUGAUGCACGAAUUCGAUCUAUCCACUCGCCAUCCGAGCUACAAGCCGAUCAUUAGCAGGGUUUUCUUGCAGUCCAAUUCGGCAAUCUGGCCUUCGAAACCCGUCGCAGAAACUUCAGGACAGCUGGACGAGCUAUGUUCACUUCUCAACAUCGACAUAAGCUUGAGUGCGGAGGACAAGAUAGCAAAGUUGAGAGAGGUGCAUGCUGGUACCCUUGCAAAGACGGUGGGGGGAAUGAAGAUGCAUACUUUUAGAGCGACUAGGGAUGGAGAGGAGCGGGCCUUUGUUAAGGCGGAUUGGACAAAGGCGAUGAUGGAUGGCAGGUUUGCCAAGUGGUGCGAGAAAGAAGGGCUCACCUUUUUGAUGGGGGAAUGUGAGGAUGAAGAGUGGGUGUAUAGGUAUAUUAAUACUCCAGCGGAUACCGAGGGGUUGGUGAGGCAGGUGAAUAAUUAUUACACGCUCCCAUUGGUGGAGAAGAUGCUGCCUUUGUAUGGGGUGGAGAUGUCGACAAGGUCCCCAAGCUCAGCGAAGGGGAGCAAGGAAGCAUCGCAAGGGCUGAAAGAAGAGGACAAGUCUUUGUACGACAUUCUUGGAGUGAAAGCCUCAGCAACCUCCACCAAGAUAAGGUCCGCUUACCUUGCACAAGUGCGUCUUUAUCAUCCAGACAAACUUCAGCAGCAACAACAGCAUCUCGACCCCACAGCAAUCGCAGACUCGCUCCCCCAAUCCGACCAAUUCAUCCGACAACUAAACCAUGCCUACAAAACCCUCAUCGACAACCAAACCCGUUCUUUCUACGAUGAGAAACUUGUAGCUUUACGAGCUGCUUCCUCUUCAUCCACCCAACCACGUAUCUCACAAACCAUAGACUUUGAAUCUUUCCAACCAACCGAACCGCAAGCUUUCGCGGGGCCAAUGACGUUCGACUACCCCUGUCGAUGCGGUUCAUCCUACUUCAUCUCGGAAGACCAGAUCCACGAUCGAAUCGAACUCAUCUCUUGCGAUGGGUGUUCUGACAAUAUUCGUGUCAGAUACGAUGACGACGAUAAUUCCCACCACUCGCCCUCUACAGCGGAUGAGAUUGCCGAGAUCUUUGGACACGUUUGUUCUGAUUCUCAGGUAUAUAUUGCUCAACGGAUCUUGAUUACGGAUCUAAUCAAAGGAGGCUUUCCGCCGGAGAGGAUCUUGAGGUAUCGGAUAGAGUAUCGAGCAAAGGUGAUUGAUGACGUUCUGCCCGGGUAUAGGGGGGUAAGUCAUUCGUUUGAUGAUUACCUUUGGUGGUUUUCCUCGCUUAAGAAGGAGGAGAAGGAGUUGGUGGGGGCUUGGUUAGAGCCCUAUAAGGCGUUUGUUAAGGGUGAAGAUGUUCAUGGAACGUGGUAUGGCGCAAGGAAAGCCGAAGCGGCUGCGAGAUUGAUUAGGGUGUUGGGUAGGGAUGGUGCGAUUGAGGUGAAGAGAGAUGAAAGGUGGGAUGAGAAGGAGGAGCUGGUCGAGGGGAUGCUUAGGAUUCGGAAGGAGCUGGCCGAGUCUCUUUGA